UUCUUCUUGUGCUAAAGAUUGUAUCUUUUGCUUGUUCUUGUAUAUAAUUAUGUAUACCCAUUUGGGGUUGCUGAUGGGAUUAUGAGUAACUUAUAUAUUGCUUUGUGAUUAUUGAGCUGGGAGAAUGGAAAUGAGGAAGGUUUUUGGUAUAGUAAUAUUUUGUAUUUUAGUAUCUCCUAUUUUUGUUAAAGCCUUGAACUUAUCUUUUAAUGAUGAUAUACUGGGGUUGAUGGUAUUCAAGGCUGAUGUUCAAGAUCCACAAGGGAAGUUGGUGUCUUGGAAUGAAGAAGAUGUUAGCCCCUGCGGCUGGAAUGGUAUCCAUUGCAACCCCAGAUCCAAUAGGGUCUCUCAGAUUGUUCUUGAUGGGUUUGGGCUUUCAGGUAAGAUUAGUAGAGGUCUUAUGAGGUUGCAGUUUCUUCGAAAGCUUUCGCUUGCGAAGAAUAAUUUUACAGGGAGUAUAAGUAGCAGCGUUGUUCAACUUGCUUAUCUGAGGAUUCUAGACUUGAGUGAGAACAACUUAUUUGGGACGAUUCCGGGUGAUUUUUUUGAACAAUGUGGGCCAUUGAGAUCAAUUUCUUUGGCCAAGAAUAAGUUUUCAGGGAAAGUUCCAGAAAGUUUGAACUCAUGUGUGGCAUUGGGGUCUUUAAACUUGUCCUCAAAUCAGUUUUCAGGAUUGUUACCUUCUGGAAUUUGGUCUUUGAAUGGGCUAAGGUCACUUGAUCUGUCAGAUAAUUUGCUGGAUGGUGAAAUUCCAGUAGGUAUUGAAGGUAUGCAUAAUUUGAGAGCCAUAAAUUUGAGGAAAAAUCAUCUCAAAGGUGAAGUUCCUGAUGGAAUUGGAAGUUGUUUGCUGUUGAGGUCAAUUGAUUUGAGUGAAAAUUCUUUCUCUGGAGAACUUCCUAAAACAAUGCAGAUGCUUAGUUUGUGCAAUGAGUUGAUUAUGAAACACAAUGCAUUAGUUGGUAGUGUACCUGAAUGGAUUGGAGAAAUGAAAAGCCUUCAGAUGUUUGAUCUUUCUGGGAACAACUUCUCUGGUCAAUUCCCGAAUUCAGUUGGGAAGCUUCAAUCACUGAAAUUACUGAACGUGUCGCGAAAUGCUAUUUCUGGGGACUUGCCCAAGUCCAUGAGCAGUUGUGUUAAUCUUAUGACACUGGAUGUUAGUCACAACUCAUUGACGGGUGAUCUUCCUCCUUGGGUAUUCAAAUUAGGAUUGCGACAUGUUUUGUUUUCUGAGAAUAAAUUAAGUAGGGGCAUGAAGAAUGCUAUUGCUUCUUCACUGGAAAACUCUCGACAAAAGCUUCUAGUUCUCGAUAUCUCUUGCAAUGAGUUAACUGGUGAAAUUCCAUUUGCUAUAGGUGAUUUUAACAGCUUGCAGUCGUUGAAUUUAUCUAGAAAUGCACUUGUAGGGAACAUCCCUGAGACUGUUGGCCAUCUAAAGUCACUGGAUGUUCUUGACUUAAGUGAGAAUCAGUUAAAUGGUAGUAUCCCUCUGGAGCUUGGAGGAGCCUAUGCUCUCAGGGAACUGAAACUGGAGAAGAAUGCCUUGACAGGAGAAAUUCCUACUUCUAUUGGAAACUGUUCUACUCUUUUGUCCUUGUCUCUGUCACAUAAUGGUUUAACUGGCCCUGUACCUGCAACCCUUGCUAAACUAUCUAACCUACAAAAUGUUGACCUUUCCUUCAACAAAUUAACCGGAAUCUUACCAAAGCAGCUGGUAAAUCUUGGUCACCUUGAGUUGUUCAACAUCUCACACAACCAGUUAAAGGGCGAACUGCCUUCUGGUGGUUUUUUUAACACUAUUUCUCCCUAUUCAGUGUCAGCCAAUCCAUCUCUUUGUGGAGCUGCUGCUAAUAGGUCUUGUCCAACUGUCCUUCCCAAGCCGAUUGUUCUGAAUCCCAACUCCACAGAAUCUAUUCCUGGUACUAUCCCUCUGACUGUGGGUCACGAAAAGAAAAUCCUAAGCAUCUCUGCCCUCAUUGCCAUUAGUGCAGCUGCUAUUAUUGUUGUUGGUGUUAUUGCCAUUACUGUGCUAAAUCUUCGCGUACGGUCUGCAACAUCUCACUCUGCUGCUGCCCUUACAUUUUCUGGUGGAGAUGACUAUAGCCCCUCACACAGUACAGAUGCAAAUUCUGGUAAGCUUGUCAUGUUUUCAGGCGAACUUGACUUCAGCACAGGGUCACAUGCUCUGCUUAACAAGGAUUGUGAGCUCGGACGUGGUGGUUUUGGAGCCGUUUAUCGCACUGUCCUCGGAGAUGGGAUGCCUGUGGCCAUUAAGAAGCUUACUGUCUCAGGUCUUGUUAAGUCUCAGGUAGACUUUGAAAAGGAGGUUAAGAAAUUGGGAAAAGUUCAUCACCCUAAUGUUGUGGCUCUUCAAGGUUAUUAUUGGACUCCAUCACUACAGCUACUUAUAUAUGAAUUCAUAACUUGUGGAAAUUUGUAUGAUCAUAUCCAUGAAGGUUCUAGUAAAAACAUGCUCUCAUGGAAUGAGCGGUUCAACGUUAUUCUUGGGACAGCAAAAGGCAUGGCUAACUUACAUCAAAUGAACAUAAUUCACUAUAACCUCAAGUCCAGCAAUAUUUUGAUUGACUGCUCUGGUGAUCCUAAAGUUGCAGAUUAUGGGUUAGCAAGGCUGUUACCGAUGUUAGAUCGAUAUGUUUUGAGCAGCAAAAUUCAAAGUGCACUCGGUUACAUGGCACCUGAAUUCGCAUGCAAGACUGUGAAGAUAACUGAUAAGUGCGAUGUGUAUGGGUUUGGAGUUCUUGUUCUGGAGAUAGUCACUGGAAAGAAACCGGUUGAGUACAUGGAGGAUGAUGUUAUUGUAUUGUGUGACAUGGUACGGGGCGCAUUGGAAGAAGGCAAGGUGGAAGAGUGUGUUGACAAGAGGCUGCAUGGAAAAUUUCCAGCAGAGGAAGCGAUUCCUGUGAUGAAGUUGGGUUUAAUCUGCACAUCACAAGUCCCUUCAAACAGGCCUGAUAUGGCAGAAGUGGUUAACAUAUUGGAAAUGAUCAGAUGUCCUUCAGAAGGCCAGGAGGAACUAGUAUGAUAUCCCAAACUGAUGGAAAAUUUUAAUAUAUGCUAUUAGUCCCGGAGAAGAAGAAUCCGCUUGAUCUAUUCAUAUUAUGGUCAUUUAAAGUUUCAAUU